UUAAUAGUAUGUCAAACAUCAAAAUUUGUGACGAGGAGGGCUACAGCUUGAUUCCCAUUUUUGUAGUAAAAAAGCCAAAAUCUACAAUAGCUGUUGUCAAGGAAUCCUCGACCAACGAGGACUUCCUCGUAGUGAUUCUGGGGGAGGAUGGUUAUGGGGGACUCCACAGGCUGGAGGUUAAGAUUGGGGACCAGCAUUUCACGUCCCUUACUUCGUCAGAUGAUGGCCUGCGGGAGCUGAGAAGUAAGUUGACGUUUGGGUGUGAGCUGUUCUGCAGUAAAGUAAAACAGGUGAAAUGGAGGCAGGGUACCCGAAGUGAGGCAAUAGCUGCCUCAAUCAUCAAAGAAGGGAACACGACACACAUAAAUCACCAUCUCCGGAAAAAAUUGAAGGCAAACCGGGAGCUUCUUGACACCGUCCUUGGACCAGAUCCGGUGUAUAAUGUGAUUUCCCCAGUGGAAAUAAUUUGCCCUGUGUGCGGCAAAGUUGUUCAGCUGACACGGACAGGAGGGCUUAGUGCUUUCACGUUGCAUUCUCGGAGGAGGCAUGCUCACAGUGAGGCCUCGAGAGAGCUGCUCAGGGCUAUUAAGGAAAAAGAACAACUGCAAGUGGAUCUUCCGCAUAUAAAGAGAAUUAAACCAGAUGCUUACAAGAGCUUCGACAUUGGCUCUUGA